AUGGCUGAACAGUAUAUAUAUGAUCCUGAAUAUGUUGCUGCUGUACAAGAACAAGUUUAUCAGACACUAGAUAAAUCAAGAAAUAAUUUGCAGCAAUUAGCAGAAAGGCAAAUGAAUUUAGAAAAUAUAGGUUAUAAAAGUGGACAAUUUGUGAAUACAACAGAGAAUUUCACUAGUUAUUCUUCUCAGCUUGAAAGAAAAAUGUUCCUAAGAAAGAUCUAUAAUGGACUUGUUGCUAUGAGUGUAAUAUUUUUUGUAAUGAUGAUUAUAUAUCUUGUUAACAAAAUGUUAUUUUGGUUAAUUAUAUUUUCAGCUAUAGGAAUAUUUAUAUAUAUUACAUACAGACAACAAGAAAUUGUUGCAGCAUAUAAUGUUAGAAAUGAUAAAAUUAGUUAUUCACAUGAUUUAUAUUCAAGGGGUGGAGAUUAUUAUACACAUACUCUUGAUAAUAUUUCUUCUCCAUAA